AUGUAUAUUGAGCGGUACACGGACAAGGAGUUUUUCCUGCUCUUUAGUGCAUUUGAUGAAAACAAGUCUUGGUUCUUAGAUGCCAACAUCAAGAAUUACUUAACUUCCGCUGUCAACAAGGACGACGCCGACUUCAUUGAGAGCAACGUUAUGCACGGAAUCAAUGGAUUGAGUUUCGGGAACUUAAAUGGCUUGGAUAUGUGUGUUGGUGACAAUGUCACGUGGCAUAUACUUUCUUACGGAUCUGAGGUUAACGUGCAGGCACCAUAUUUCCAUGGCAACACAUUCAGUAUUGGGAACAGACAUCGAGACGUGGGCACUUUGAUAGCUGCAGAGACACACUCGCUCUACAUGAAGCCAGAUAAUCCAGGCAUUUGGGCUGUGAGGUCUGCAACCAACGUCAUGACGGAUACCGGCGUGACAGCUUUCUACCAGGUAAACCCCUGCGGUACAACCCAAACUGGAGCCGACGGCGCAGCCAGCGGCGUCACGAGACGCUACAACAUUGCCGUCGAGGAAGCGGACUGGGACUACGCGCCACGCGAAACAAGCCUCAUCAACGGUGUUGAUCUAAAUGAUCCAAGAGCAGCAUUCAUUUUUGUGAGAGAUGACGAUAACUUCAUCGGUGAUACGUACAAGAAGGCUUUGUACAGGGAAUAUACUGAUAAUACGUUUACCAACCGGAAGCCACGAAGCCAGGAGGACAUCCAUCUAGGAAUUAUGGGACCUAUGAUUAAAGCGGAAGUUGGUGAUAAAAUUGAAGUAACUUUAAAGAACCUUGCCAGCAGAGAGUACUCAAUUCACCCACAUGGGGUAUUCUAUAAUAAGUCCAACGAAGGCACAGCCUACAACAACGGCCAUGAUGGAGGCGCCCUGCCGGGUAAGACGCGCGUAUUCACGUGGUACGUACCAGCGCGCUCUGGACCCGGAAGUAAGGACCCUAAUUGUAUUCCCUGGCUGUACACAUCCGGUAUCGAGUCAACAAGAGACACAUAUGCAGGACUUAUUGGUCCAAUUGUGAUCUGCAGGAAGGGCACACUUGACUCAAACAACAAACGCACGGACGUAAAUAAGGAAUUCGCCCUUUUGUUUAGUAUAUUCAAUGAGAACAAAAGUUGGUAUUUAUCAGAUAACAUAGCGAAACAUGCGCCUGGAAGGGUGGGCAGUGACUAUGGUGAUGAUGGAGACUUUGAGGAAAGCAACCUCUUCCAUUCCAUUAACGGUCUCUUGACUGGCAACAACGUUGGUCUGACCGUACAUCUGAACGACACCAUCGCUUGGUACCUGUUGUCUUCAGGGUCGGAGUUAGAUAUGCACACCAUUCAUUUCCAUGGGCAGACCUUCUCACACGUCAGCAACAACAAUCAUCGUACUGACGUCAUCGAACUGUAUCCCGGAGAGGCAGAGGAGGUGGAGAUGCGCGCGCAUGAUGUAGGGACAUGGAUCCUUCAUUGUCACGUAUUGGAUCACAUCAGUGCUGGCAUGGAGACAACGUACACGGUUUUGCCGUAGAGAACUGUGACAUAUGGAACACUGAUGCCAGACACAUUCUGAUGCAUAGUAGCAACGUACGUGGGGCGCGGGUGUCCCUUCGUCUAAACCUCCGCAGUAUCUAUCAGAUAACGUAGCGAAUCUAGCGGAGGCUGGGUAUAGGCGGAAAGUUUACUGUUGGUGGUAAUUAUCUGUUUACAUAGAAACCCAUAUUUAUGUUUUUCAAGAAUAAAGGCUUGUUAAUCAA